GAUGUAAGCUGACACAUCGUAGCACUCACCAACCUUCAAGCAAGUGGACGUGACCUACAUCCCCAUUUUCCUAGGCGGCGUGAUGAACGCAGUCGGCAACAAAGCACCCAUAGAGAUCCGCAACAAGGACAAAUGGAUCAACAAGGAACGGGUUCGCUGGGCCAAACAGUUCAACAUCCCCUUAGCAGAAAAGACCCCCGAACCCUUCCCCCAACUCACACUCACGGCCCAACGCGCCUUAUGCGCCGUAGUCCUCCACCAACCCGCCAAGCUCGAUGCAUGUAUAGAGGCACUCUACAACACCUUCUGGAUCGAGCGGAAACCGAUCAAAGAUGCCGCCGUCGUGACUGCGGCUCUGGCGACUGUGCUCGGCGAAGCAGAGGCCAAGCGCAUGUUGGAGAAGGCGGGCAGUCCGGAGGUGAAGAAGUUGCUAACCGACAAUUCGAAUCUUGCGAUUGAUGAGGGUGCGUUUGGUCUGCCUUACUUUGUAUGUACUAACGCGGAAGGAGUCAAGGAAGGAUUCUGGGGUUUUGAUCACUUGGGUCAGAUUGUAGAUUUUCUUGGCCUGCAGAGGGAUCAGAAGGGUUUUCGAGCAAUGCUUUGAGCGUGACGUUACACUAUGCGGAUUCAUGAGUGCACAGGUUGUCCGUACUGUAGAUUGUAUCGCAAGUGCCGACUUUAAAUCAUUUCUACGAGGUUUCAAAGCGCUGCGGCUGCAGCCUC